AUGUCGACCAACGCCAAAGUCAAGCCCGGCCAGCUCUGGGGCAAGUCCAAGGACGACCUGAAGAAACAACUCGACGAGCUCAAGACCGAGCUGGGACAACUGCGCGUGCAGAAGAUCGCCGGCGGCGCUUCAUCAAAAUUGACAAGAAUACAUGACCUCCGCAAAUCUAUCGCCCGCGUCCUGACCGUCAUCAACGCAAACCAACGCCACCAGCUUCGCCUGUUCUACGCCAAGAAGAAGUACCUGCCCCUCGACCUGCGACCCAAGUUGACCCGCUCUAUCCGCCGCCGGCUCUCGAAAAAGGACGCCAGCAGGGUCACAGAGAAACAGAAGAAGAGACUGACGCACUUCCCCGCGAGGAAGUAUGCUGUGAAGGCCGAGUAA